AUGCCUACAGGAGGAACAGAUGUUAAGGUGUAUACUGUUGGCCCAGAAUAUGCACAUGCAGAGGCAAGGAAGUCUCCGGUUGUUGAUGGAGUUGUGAUGAGAAAUCCUGAUGGAAAAGAAGUUACAGCAGAUAUCUUCAUUUUGCAGGUCAGGUAUCCUGUUCUAUUAACCCCUUCAGAGAAGCAAAUGGCAAGAGAAGUUUGCAUAGCUUUCAGGCAAGCUGUUUGUGGCUUUGAUCUGUUGCUUAUUGCUAUGAUGUCUGAGAACAGGUACUAUGAUGAUGCGGCAUGUGUGUUGAGGAAGAUGUUUCUAGAUGCAAAAGCUCCACAUCUUUCAUCCACGAUACCACCAACUUUACCAUGGAAGGUUAAUGAACCUGUUCAGCCUUCUGAGGGACUAACACGUCAAGGAAGUGGGCUUAUUGGCACAUUUGGACAAUCAGAGGAGCUUCGAUGUGUAAUUGCAAUUAUUCGGCAUGGUGAUAGAACUCCAAAACAGAAAGUGAAGUUCAAGGUCACUGAGGAAAAGCUCUUAAAUUUGAUGUUAAAAUAUAAUGGGGGUAAACCAAGAUCUGAGACAAAGCUUAAGAGUGCCGUGCAAUUGCAAGAUCUUUUGGAUGCCACCAGAGCUCUAGUACCACGUACUAGACCUGGUAGGGGAAGUGAUAGUGAAGCAGAAGAUUUUGAGCAUGCUGAGAAGCUACGUCAAGUUAAAGCAGUUCUUGAGGAGGGGGGCCAUUUUUCUGGGAUCUAUAGAAAAGUUCAGCUAAAGCCACUACAGUGGGUUAAAGUGCCCAAAUCUAAUGGUGAAGGUGAAGAAGAAAGACCUACUGAAGCUCUUAUGGUUCUAAAAUAUGGAGGUGUUCUCACUCAUGCUGGAAGAAAGCAGGCUGAAGAGCUUGGAAGAUACUUCCGUAAUGACAUAUAUCCAGGUGAAGGUACUGGCCUACUUCGUCUCCAUAGUACAUAUCGUCAUGACUUAAAGAUAUACAGCUCAGAUGAAGGUCGCGUGCAGAUGUCCGCCGCUGCAUUUGCCAAAGGUCUACUUGACCUGGAAGGACAAUUAACACCUAUCCUGGUAUCACUGGUUAGCAAGGAUUCAUCUAUGCUGGAUGGGCUUGCCAAUGCAAGUGUUGAGAUAAAAGAAGCAAAGGCGAGGUUGAAUGACAUAAUUACUUCUGGACCAAAGACUAGUGGAUCUUCAGAGAAGCCUUGGAUGGUUGAUGGAGGUGGACUCCCACCUAAUGCAUCUGAACUUAUGCCCAAGUUGGUGAAAUUGACAAAGAAGGUGACAGAACAAGUGAAGCUGCUUGCUAAGGAUGAAGAUGAAGAACUCGCAGAGACAAGUUCCUAUGAUGUGAUUCCUCCAUAUGAUCAAGCUAAAGCACUUGGUAAAACAAAUAUAGAUGUUGAUCGUAUUGCUGCAGGCUUACCUUGUGGCAGUGAGGGAUUUCUACUCAUGUAUGUGCGUUGGAGAAAGCUUGAGAGAGAUUUAUAUAAUGAACGCAAAGAUCGUUAUGAUAUCACCCAAAUUCCAGAUGUUUAUGAUUCUUGCAAGUAUGAUCGUGUGCACAACUCACAUCUAAAGCUAGAGGAUUUGGAUGAACUCUUUGAAGUUGCAAAGCUCCUCGCAGACGGUGUUAUUCCCAAUGAGUAUGGGAUCAAUCCAAAGCAGAAGCUGAAGAUUGGAUCAAAAAUUGCUCGACGAUUGUUGGGUAAAAUUUUGAUUGAUCUGAGGAAUACUCGGGAAGAAGCUCUAAGCGUUGCUGACUUGAAGAGUAGUCAAGACCACGAUUCAUCAGUGAAUGAGACGGGGAAUGAAGAUACAGAAUAUCAUCCCAAGCUUAACAAUAGGAGUGAUCACAAACUUAAAAAAAGAGGUAGCUUCACCAGUGAAAAAUCAACAGACCAGGAUGAUGAUGAGGACAAAGAGACCAAGUACCGGUUAGAUCCAAAGUAUGCAAAUGUGAGGACACCAGAAAGACAUGUGCGGACACGCCUUUACUUUACAUCAGAGUCACAUAUACAUUCCUUGAUGAAUGUUAUUCGUUACUGCAACUUGGAUGAGUCUCUUCAUGGAGAGGCCAGCCUUGUGUGUGACAAUGCUUUAGAUCGCUUGUUCAGAACCAAGGAGCUUGACUACAUGAGUCAUAUUGUAUUGAGGAUGUUUGAGAACACAGAGGUGGCUUUGGAAGAUCCAAAAAGGUUUCGCAUAGAAAUGACUUUCAGUCGUGGAGCAGAUCUAUCAUCAUUAGAGAAAAAUGACAAGGAAGCGACUUCAUGGCAUCAGGAGCACAUAUUGCCAGUUAUGGUUCCUGAAAGGCUUCAAGAAGUGGGAUCACAUCUUACAUGGGAUAAUAUGGAAAAUAUGAUUCAUCCAUUCGCCAUGCCGGCUGAAGAUUUCCCCCCACCAUCAACCCCUCAAGGUUUCUCAGGCUACUUUUCAAAAAGUGCAUUAGUUCUAGAGCGCCUCGCUAACUUAUGGCCCUUUCACAAGUAUGGGAACACUACUGGGAAGUAGUGCCUUAUUAUUUCCUGUUUCAUUGGCAAUUUGAUAACCGAGGUUUGAGAUUGUCUCCUCAAAGGUAUUGAGGAAUCAAUAGUAGCUGGAGAGUUGUGGGAUAUCAUUUUUUGAAAAUGUCUUCCUUUUUUCCUUGAUACCAUCAUUAUCAUUCAUUCACACAAGUAAAAUGGAAUGUUUUGCAAUGAAGCGCCACCUCAAAAUCACAUAAAUGUUCAGUGAAUCAGCAUAAAACUGCUUUAGUUGAGA